CGAAAGAUGAGUGGGCAAAAAGCAGAAAGCAGAGAGAGUCGCUUUCGAGCUUCAGAGUGUCAGUCUCAAAAUUUUCCUUUAACGUGAGAACGCGCUGAUAAAAAAAUCAUUCACACAGCCUAACUAUGACUCUUCUUCUUCUUCUUCGCCGCCGGACCACCACCUAUUCCAACAAAGCUCCUUCUCCUACUACUCUUUCUGUUAAUUCUCUACUUUUCUUUCACAAGAUUCUCCUUUAUUUUCCACCAUAUGCUAUAAUUUUUCAUAUUCUUCUUUCCCUCUGUUCUUCCAAUUUUAAGGGUAUCCGCGGUGAAGGCUAACAUGUAAUUUACUCAUCUAGGGGCACUAUCAAUUGAUUAGAAUAUUUGUCCAGCAAAACGCAAACUGACAUGAGUUGUUGCUUUUUUGGUGCCCGGAAAAAGGGUGGUGAUCUUGUUCAUCAUGAUACUAGAGAUACACGAGGCCGCGCAGUUGCAAGCACAAAGAAUUUUUCAUUUAGUGAAUUAAGAAUAGCAACCAACAACUUCCAUCAAACUAAUAAAAUAGGGCGAGGCGGUUUUGGCACAGUAUACAAGGGAACUCUAAAAAGUGGAAAAGAAAUCGCUGUGAAGACACUUGCAGCGGAAUCAAAGCAGGGUUUGCGGGAGUUUUUGACUGAAAUUGAGACCAUAUCAAAUGUCAGACAUCCAAAUCUAGUUGAGAUAAUUGGAUGUUGUGCUGAUGGAAAUAACCGGAUUUUGGUCUAUGAAUAUUUAGUAAAUAGAAGCCUUGAUCAAGCACUGUUUGGUUCCAGGAUUAGCAUUAAGUUGGAAUGGGACAAAAGGGCUGCUAUUUGCUUGGGUACCGCUCAAGGUCUUGCAUAUCUACAUGAAGAACUAGUGCCACAUAUCGUGCACAGGGACAUAAAAGCUAGUAAUAUUCUACUUGACAAGGAUUAUACACCAAAAAUUGGAGAUUUUGGGCUUGCCAAGCUUUUCCCAGAUAAUAUCACCCAUAUCAGCACGAAAAUAGCGGGAACAACUGGCUACCUGGCACCCGAAUAUGUAUUAGGCGGACAAUUAACAAUGAAGGCCGAUGUUUACAGUUUUGGGGUCCUAAUACUGGAAACAAUUAGUGGCAGGAGCAGCAGCAGUAGUAUUUGGCGAGGGGAUAAGAAGUCACUUCUCGGAUUGGCCUGGCAGCUCUAUCAAGACGCAAAACUAUUGGACUUGGUGGAUGAAGAACUGGAUGAUUUCCCAGAAAAAGAAGUUGUAAGGUACAUCAAGGUAGCUCUCUUUUGCACCCAAGCAAAUGCAAACAGAAGACCGAUGAUGAGCCAGGUUAUUGAGAUGCUUUCAAGAAAUAUCCAGCUAAAUGAGAAAGAACUUACACCACCUGGUUUCUUCCAAGAUUCUGAUGCAAGCAUGCUAUCAAAAUUGAAGUCGUCUGAGUGCAGUACAAGCCAACAGAGUUCUGUACCCCUCACAAUCACUCAAGUGACCCCUAGAUAAUCAUCAUUAGUGACUUGCACUUGUUUGAGAUUACCUCAAGAAUGUAACGAGCCUGGGUUUGAUUUCAACUCUAGCAUUUGCUAAAAUUUUUAUCCGACAGUGGUGUCCCCGCCACUUUCAAAUUCUGGGUCCGCCUCUGGUUGUCGCUAAGUUAAAUUCAGUUUCAAGAAUUAAUCCACCACGUUAUAAGAUGCUGCAACUCGGGUUUCUCCUCUUUGUUGUUGUUACUAACAAGUUCAUAUUUGAUGGGGGUCAGCUUCCAACCUUCCACUUUGUUACACAAGUACACAUUAUUACUUUGUUACACAAGUACACAUUAUUAGAAAAACAAAUUUAUAUAUUAGCUCA